GAGGGCGAGGAGGGAGGAGAGGAGAGGAGAGUGUUGGGAGUACCAUGCUCCGUCUGCCUGCCCGUGGACCGGUCUGACUUGUCACUGAGUCUCUCGGACUAACAAUGUGUUUCAGUGGCAGAAAACUGUAAGUAGUUUUGAAAGAAAGAGAGAAAGAAGAAGGAGUGGAAGAAGAAGAGUGGGGAGACAACAGACGGGAACACAGCGGUGUCGCGCGACACUGUGGAGGUGCGCAGGAUGGACGACAGUGCGUUUAAAACCACAGGAUCUCAGUGGCUGCUGCCUGUCAGUGAAUACCUGGGCUUUCCUCUCGAUCAGGUCAAUUUUUUGGCAUGUCAGCUCUUUGCCCUGGCUGUUGCGUUCUGGUUUCGUCUCUACCUAAGUCCUCGCCAUGCUAACCCCCUGGUCAGACAUGCUGUGGCCACCUUACUCGGCAUUGCCUUCCUCAUCUUCUGCUUUGGAUGGUUCUCUGCUCACAUUCUGAUGGUGGUGGCUGUGAAUUACCUGAUCACUGUGAAAGCUGACAUCAGCAGUGUGCACAGGUACUCCAUGGUGAUCGCUAUGGGCUAUCUGACAGUGUGCCAAGUAAGCCGAGUCAUCAUAUUCAACUAUGGAAUACUGUCCACCGACUUCUCUGGGCCUCUGAUGAUAGUAACUCAGAAGAUCACCACACUGGCUUUCCAGCUCCAUGAUGGUAUUUCUAAGAAAUCUGAGCAGCUCACCCCACAGCAGAAGCUCCAUGCCAUAAAUGUCAGGCCAUCUCUCAUCGAGUACCUGAGCUACAAUCUGAACUUCCUGAGUGUCCUGGUGGGGCCGUGCAGUAACUAUAAGGAUUACAUUGAUUUCAUAGAGGGCAGACACACCAGCCAGAGGCUUAGGCAGCACGUGGGGAUGUGUAAUGGACAGAAUGGCUAUGACAAGACACCAGACCCAUCACCUCUGACAGCCGUCUGUCACAAGCUGCUGGUCUGCUGUGGCUGUAUGCUGUUUUUCCUCACUGUGACUCGGUCCUUGCCGAUCAUGUACAACGUGGACCCCCACUUUGUCAGCCACGCCCCCUUCCUCACCAGGCUCGCCUAUGCUUUCUUCUCCAUACAAGCGGCGAGGCCCAAAUUCUACUUUGCCUGGACACUUGCCGAUGCUGUGAACAACGCUGCGGGUUAUGGCUUCUCUGGGAUGGAUGAACAUGGAAAACCAUCGUGGGAUCUCGUCUGUAACCUCAACAUCUUUGGAAUUGAGACUGCAACAAGCUUUAAGACAUUCAUAGACAACUGGAAUAUUCGGACAGGAAUUUGGCUCAAAAUUGUGUGUUAUGACCGAGCCCCCAAACACCGGUUGGCACUGACGUUUAUACUGUCGGCCCUGUGGCAUGGUGUUUAUCCAGGGUAUUAUUUCACCUUCAUCACUGCCAUCCCCAUCACCAUAGCAGCACGUGCUAUACGAAGGUCUAUUCGCCACUACUUCCUGGACUCCAGAGGCCUGAAGCUGUUUUAUGACAUCUUAACUUGGGCAGCCACGCAGCUGGCCAUCUGCUACACGGUCAUGCCUUUUCUACUUCUGGCAGUAGAUUCCACAUUGGUUUAUUACAGGUCCAUGUACUUUCAUAUGCACAUCAUCAGCAUUCUGUCUGUGAUCGCCCUGCAUCACAAGCACAAACCCAGAGACCCCACUGCCACCACUAAAGCACCUCCCUCCUCCUCCUCCUCCUCCUUGUCUUCAUGCUCACACCAGUGCCAGCCUGUUCACUCCAACAACAAUGACAAAGUAGACUGAACAUCCCCUCCUCGCCGUCAUGUACCAUGGUUUUCUCUUGAAGACGAGUAAAUAUUCCUGAAGGACAUUCAGCGUGACCUGAACUGAGAAACCAGUGUGUUAUUUAUUCUUGAAAGACAAUGUAGGCUUUAAACCUUUGGUACUGGCAGUGUAUUAUGUGAUCAGGCCGAUUGCAAAGCUGAACAUUAGCUGGAGCAACAUUUCCGUGGUCACCGCCAUCACCUCGAGAAAACCUGGCCUCACGCCACUUUUCCCCAUCCACUGUCCCCUCCACGUCCAUCUUAAAACACAUCCUGCUUGCGCCCAACAACAAUAGAACUGUCUAAAGAGAGAAAAGAGGGCCUGCUCUCCUCUCUGUCCUCUACCUGCACUGACCUGUUUACGAGUGUGAUGUGAGCCAGCACACACACACACACACACACAAAAAACAAACUUGUGCAUAAAAGCAGACACUAGGAAAUUCAAAUUUGCACAUACUCUCCCUGAGGCACGCUCGCACUUAGUCACAGUCAGACCGCACACAAAGGACGUCCUUGUGAGGCCACAACAAAAGAGCAUGCCAUGGGGAGAGGGAGAGAAGUCUGUGCCCUCUGCACCCACUGUGCCUAGAAGAGUGUGUGAAUGUGCGUGUGUGUGUGUGUUAGCAUAAAAAAAAAAAAACGGACCGUGUCGGUAUUCCUCCCACUGGGGAGAGAUUCACUUGAUAUAACUAUAGCAGCUCUCCGAGUUUUUUUUUCCAAGGCGAGAUGACAGCUCCUCCUUGUGAGGAGACUUGAUUGUUACAAAUAAAGAACUUUGUUUUAGUUUCAAAAGACGAGCCUGUCCUUUAGCUACACCCCUCAUCACAGUUUGCAUCUCAAACGGGAUGCGUUGAAGCAGUGCGGAAUGUAAUAGCGACACAGUUCUUUUGAACGGUGCCUGAAAACCUGCCAUCAUAUCAGUGUGACUGAACCAAAAAAAAAAAAGCUGUGGUGAAACUGAGAGGAAAGGUGUGAGGAGGUAAACAUUCCUUUAACAUGUGACCUAGAAUUGAAGUGUAAAAGUCAGAUGUGGGGCGCGUUUGUUCUCUCGCUCUUUCCACAAAAGCACAGAUUUAAAAGCUGUAGAUUUACCGGAGAUUAGCAGCAGCAGCAGGUCGAUUUCACCUGCUCACUCUGACCUCUGCUGAUUUAAGGAAUGACGGUUAAUCACGUGGGAGAGACUGAAACAGACAUAACGCAGCUUUCUUCAUUCCUGUUUAACUCCUUGGCAAUAUUUGAAAUUCCCUUCUGGUGUUUUUAACUUUUGCACAAUCAAAAAACUAAAUAAAAAAUGAUUAUAUGAUUAUUAAUGGUGCUAUCUCCUCCAACACAUAGGCUUGUUUAUAAUUGGCUUAGCUUCAGGACAUGAAUAUUUGACGUUUUGUUCAUGUUGCAGCGCCUGGGGAUGAAACUGUCAGGUUGUCCCUUUAAACGCACGAUACGAGCGGCCUAAUGUGGACACAGGAUGUAACUCAUUAUUUAAUAGUGUUGUAGAGAUGGAGAUAGUUGGGGGAUGAUUUUAAUCUGAACGCAUCUUUGUGCUUUUGACAGCAUAAUCCUUUUUUAAACCUGUUUACAUGUAAAUAGAUCUUAAAUUCUGCGUCACAUAUGCAGUAAAUCACACUUGUUAGAAGUGGUGACGCGAGGGCCGGCAGGGCUCUGCAUUCAGUUAACGCUAAUAUUACUAAACCCCACAGAGGAAAUACUCGAGAGUUGAGGUGGAGAAAAAGUAAAGUGGUGAUUGUUAGUGUACUUUUUGUCAUUUAUAACUAGUUAGAAUGACAAAUAAGUUAUUAUGAUAUUUAACUAGUCUUUCUCCUGGAGUUAUUAAAGUGUCAGAAGUGAAAGGUCCUGAGAUAUGAAGCUGUGUGUGUGUGUGUGUGUGUGUGUCUUUGCCCUCAACGUGAAAUCACUUCAGGUAUGUGAACAUCGGGCACGCGUGUGUCGUCAGAGUGUGCAGCUAUUUGAAUGGUGUACUAGUGAAGGUGAAGAUAUUGUGAAUGUGUUUUUGCUGACAGAAUUAUGUCUGAACAAAUAAUGUGAGCGUGAGAUAUUUUCUUAUGUCCCCAACUGUUAAUUUUUAGUAUUAUUUGUUUGUAUGAAGGAGGAACGAGCAGAGAGCGGUAUAGAAAUAAAGCAAAGUGGCAUUUACAAAUAAAGCUUCAGUCAAACUAA